CAGGGGUUAAUGAUGGGGAGUGGACAGGAGGACCCGGGUAUUUAACUAAUUGGGAGGUGGCCCUGAGAUCAGAGGCGCCCGCUGCUUCCUCCGGACUCCUGGCCCCUGCUUCCCUCCCCUCCCCCACGAUGAAGCCUCCCCCGGUCCUGACUCGCCUGUGCCUCCUGGUGGCCCUGGUCGGCGGGAACCUGGUCCAGUUCGGGGUGAUGAUUGAGAGGGUGACAGGCAAGUCGGCGCUUCAGUACAACGACUACGGCUGCUACUGCGGCAUCGGCGGCUCCCACUGGCCCGUGGACCCUACCGACUGGUGCUGUCACGCCCACGACUGCUGCUAUGGGCGCGUGGAGAAGCUGGGCUGUGAACCCAAACUGGAGAAGUAUUUCUUCUCCGCCAGCAAACACGGCGUCUUCUGCGCCGGCAGAACCACCUGCCAGCGAGAGACCUGCGAGUGUGACAAGAGAGCUGCACUCUGCUUCCGCCACAACCUGGGCUCCUACGACCGCAAAUAUGCCAAUUACCCCAACAGGCUCUGCACGGGCCCCACCCCGCCCUGCUGAGGCCGCCCACCCAGCCUCCGCCCCGCGCCGCGCCAUCCCUGGCCCCGGCCCGGGGAGCGUGGCAUCGAAGGCCCUCCCUCUGGAAAAUUCCACCCCUCCCUGAGAGCUCCCCCGGCGGCCUGGACCAUUGCACCUGCCCCGCAGGAAGAGCCCCAGGAGCCAGGGGUCCCGUCCACACCCAGCGGGCUCUGCUCCCAGAGGGAGGAUGGCACGUGCCUGUCAUCCUCACAGUCCCCGAGUCUCCGCUUCUGUCAUGCUAGGGUUCACUUAGUCCUUCAUUCAUUCACUCACGCAUUCACUCCUUCAUUUUUCGAGCACCUGCCCUCCGACGUGGCGCCCCCUGCCUGCAGUCCCAAUUCCCCGCGGUAGACACUCUGACCCACGACAACCACGGCAGCUGCCACAGGAUUCCAGCUGGACGUGUGGCUUCCUGGCACGAAAAAUACCAGGCUGAAAAGACAGCCCCACGGUCAUCAGGCGCCCCCUGCCGGCCCCAACCACCCCUGCGCCCUAAGAGAGUAAAGCAGCUCUAAGCCGUCUCUUCGGGGGCCGGCGUUGGGGCGCAGCCGCUUAAGCCAUUGGCUGCGACGCAGCUCCACUUCCGAUCCAGCGCCCGGGAAAGCAGGGGAAGAUGGCCCAAGUGCUGGGGCCCCUGCACCCACACGGGAGACCAGAUUCCUGGUUUCCGCCUGGCCCAGCCUCGACUGUUGCGGCCAUUUGGGGAGUGAACUAGCGGAUGGAAGAUCUCUCUGUGUGCCACUCCUUCUCUCUCUCUCUCUUUCUCUUUCUCUCUCUCUCUCUCUAACACAUACCUCUAAAUAAAUAAAUGCAAAUUGUCUUC